GAUCCCAGACUGCACUUAUGCCGAGUAAGCAAAACCAACCCAUCUAGGUCGUCGCCUUCGCUCUGCUUGCUUCGUUGCCAGCAUCCUUCUUCUCUCUUUCUAUCCAUCUAAACAGACAUCGGAAAAACUAAGCUCGGGUUCAGCACAUUCCUGGCGGAGGAAAGAAAUCGCGUGAUUUGUUCUGUUCUUGCUAGAUCACUUCUGUCAAGAAUCUCUAAAAUUGUCAACUAAAAGAAGCGAAGAAGCCCUUUUCACAUCAUCAGGAGCUAUCAUCUUUUCGUUCGCUGUAAUUUCUCAUGCAAUUCUUGCUUUCAUGAAAGUUUGGGAGAGGAAGACUGAGUUCUUGCUACAUAAUCCGAGCAGUGUUGAAUGCUGCCUUGUGAUAGGCAACCGACAGUGGUUUUUGUGUUUUGCUUAAUACUUGGUUAAAAAUGUUCGAACUUUAUUAUGUCUGGAGCUUAUUGCGAGCUUUGUACUGAAUGAGAAGUUGGCAUGGAGGAAAUUAGCGGUAAUGGGGAUGCGCAUGGAAAUUUGCUGAAGCCGAAUUCGAUACACGCUUCUGGAAGCUUCAAAAGCUCUCUUUCCGGUAGAUCUGGUGCUAGAAACUCACCUGCUUUCCGAAGGUUGCAAUCCAGCAGAACUCCCAGGCGAGAUUUGAGAUCUGGCUCAUGGAGUCUGCAAUGGAUCAGGAGCAAUAGAGUAGUAUUUUGGUUGCUGUUGAUUACCAUGUGGGCUUAUAUUGGGUUUCAUGUGCAGUCGAGGUGGGCUCAUAGUGAUCACAGGCAGAAAGAAUUUGUUGGCUACAAAGAUGGGGCUUUCGGUGUUAAGAAUCAAGAGGAUGCAUCAAAAGAUUCGAAGUCUAAUGGAUCCAAUCCCCCCAAUUUUGCUGUGAAGGAACCAAAAGGUGGCAAAAACAUUAAAAAUUCUGAUUCAAGUGAUUCUAAAUUAUCUGUAAAAAGGAUUACAAGUAUGGUAAAGAGUUCAAUGAGCAAGAGAGGCAGAAGGGUGUUAAAGAAGGUGGCACCAAAAGUUCCUGUGAUGGAGAGCACAGAAAAUGAGUCGGAUGAUGUUCUUAUUCCAAAGAGAAACACUUCAUUUGGAUUGAUGGUUGGGUCAUUUGGGAAUAUUGAGGACAGAAUUUUUGAGUGGAGUCCCGAGAAGCGCAAAGGAACAUGCGAUAGAAAAGGAAGAUUUGCAAAGAUUGUUUGGUCACGCACAAUUAUAUUGAUUUUUCACGAGCUCUCAAUGACGGGGGCUCCACUAUCAAUGAUGGAACUGGCUACAGAGCUUUUGAGCUGUGGAGGAUACGUGAAGGCUGUGGUUCUUAGCAAAAAGGGUGGCUUGAUGAGUGAGUUUGAUAAGAGGGGCAUCAGUAUACUUGAGGACAAAGGGGAGAUUAGCUUCAAGGCUGCCAUGAAAGCAGACCUUGUUAUUGCUGGAUCAGCUGUGAGUUCUUCCUGGAUUGAGCAAUAUCUUAGACGUAAUCCAGCUGGAUCAAACCAGCUUGUAUGGUGGAUCAUGGAGAAUCGACUAGAAUACUUCAACCGGUCAAAGAAUAUGCUCGGCCAAGUGAAAAUGCUUACCUUCUUAUCCGAUAUACAAUCUAAUCAGUGGUUAUCUUGGUGCAAAGAGGAGAAUAUUAAGUUGAAAUCACAGCCUAUGAUAGUCCCUCUUUCUGUUAAUGAUGAAUUGGCCUUUGCUGCAGGCAUUCCCUGUUCUUUAAACACACCUGCUUUCGGUGCUGAGAAAAUGACGGAGAAGAGGGACUUCUUGAGAAUUGAAGUUCGUAAAGAGAUGGGAUUGUCUGAUAACGAUAUGCUUGUAAUGACUUUAAGCAGUGUAAACCCUGCGAAAGGCCAGCUCCUGCUUCUCGAAGCAGCUCAUUUAGUUACCGGGAGGAAUGUUUCACAGCGUGAUCCUAUCAUCAUAGAGAGUGAACUUUCGCUUCAUUUUAUUCAGAACCAAACUGCGGUGGCGGAGCAUUUGGAAACUAACCAGACUGGCAAUGCAGUAGUAGUGAAACGAAAACCUACGAGCAAAGCUUCGAAGAAGCGAAAGAGAAAACGCUCUAGAUCAAAUAGCCUUUCCUUGCUCGAUGAUGCUGAGACUGCAAAACAAGAUCAGCGGAAGUUGAGGCGUUUAUUAUCUGACAAAAUUGGGGCCGAAGAACAAAGUCUGAAGAUUCUAAUUGGAUCUAUUGGAUCAAAAAGCAAUAAAGUAUCUUAUGUAAAAAGAAUUCUAGGAUUUCUUUCUCAGAGUUCAAACAUGUCGAAAUCUGUGUUGUGGACUAGAGCAACUACUCGGGUCGCCUCACUAUAUGCUGCAGCAGAUGUUUAUGUAAUUAAUUCCCAGGGCGUUGGAGAAACAUUUGGAAGGGUUACAGUUGAGGCCAUGGCAUUUGGUUUGCCGGUUCUUGGAACUGAUGCUGGAGGCACCCGGGAGAUUGUGGAGGACAAGGUAACAGGCCUCCUCCAUCCCGUAGGCCAUGAAGGAACACAGAUUCUCGCACAGAAUAUUCAGUUUUUCCUCAACAAUCCACCUGCCAGGAAGAAGAUGGGAUUGCUUGGAAGACAGAGAGUGCAGGAGAAAUACCUGAAGCAUCACACCUACAGCAGAUUGGCUGAGGUCUUCAUUAAGUGCAUGAAGGUCAAGUAAUCUUAGUAUUUUUUUUACAUUUAUGCCAAUUAUGAAUUAAAAAAAAACACAUUAAAUUUUGUUUCUGUGCUAUAAUAUAUCACAUUUACUUUUGGCA